AUGGUUUGUGGCAAUCUUUUCGGAGAGACUCGGAAACACCGUUAUAGCUCUCAUUCGUCUAGCGACCAGCAUCGAGCUACGCAAAAUAAGACAUCAUACUUUGCCCGUUCAGCUGAUGAGAUGGACUGGGAACAGUCGCAGACCUACCAAGCCAUUCGCCAUUUAACCACAAACUGGCAUGAUACUUUCAAAUUGUUCGAACGGCAGAACGCCGAGGUCCAAAGACAUUUGCAAGCCGGACACAGCAACUUAGAGCACAUGUUUCGAAAGGUCUUGGAAGACUUUGUCGCUAAUGGAGUAAUCAUCAUUCAGUCGCCUCAUUCGCCUGAUGCACCCACCAAAUCACUCUCAUCUAAGCCCCUGGAGCAGCGGGUAGCAACGUCAUCGGAACUGUACGACGAGCUUCAGCGGUUGACUCUGAAGUUGCAAAAUGCAGAGGAAGAGCUAACGGUCGUCAAGUCUCAACUAGACGAAGCUGAGCUUAGGACUGAUCAGCUGCGUAAACUCAUAAUCUCCGCUGGCACGGAGCCGAUCCUGGACAGCAAAAUACAGCAGAAAUUCUCUGAGAUUCGCACCCUGACCCAAAAGGUUGUCUCCAAACUUUACACGAAAACUCCGAGAUACUGGGAGUCUUUAGUAGAUGAGAGUAGGGUGUUCUUCGAAGGGAUCAAAGAUCGUUCCCUAGACCUUCGACAGGAUGCCAUACAUGGACAGCUUUUCCAUUGUCUUCAGCAAUGGUUCUUUUCUGACGCAAUUAAGGACCAUGGAUUGGGAGACAAAUAUGAAAAGCUUCAGACUCUUCUCGGUCAAGCAAAUGAGGAAUUAGUGGAAGCCAUUGAAGCCAAAGGUCUUGGAGGGCCGCAUGGAGAGGAGAUACGAGAAUGGAGAAACGCUACACUCAAGUGUAUAAACCUUCUUCAAGACCCAUCAAACGAUCAAGCCUUUUGCGUCGCCCAUAUCGAAAACUUCUUCAAGCCCGCUGAGACAGAUGAUUCCAAGGCCCAACAACGUGGCAGAAAGUACCUGCAGAGUCUCUGCGAGAGGUCUUCUGAGCUUGGGGCGCUUAUGAGGCGUACUGAGGAUAGCUUUGAAGUUUUCACGGUCAAAGACGGUAUUCCCCUCGCGGAUUGUGAGGAUAUAGCUGAGAAGUGGAUAAAUUACAGUGACAAAGAUGCUUCUGGGGUAGAAAUCACUGCUUCAUGUCUUUUUGGAGGACUGAGGAAGAUAUCCAAGGACUAUCCAACUAAGCCAGUAGUUCUAGAGAAGGCACAGGUUGCAACGCGAUUUGUCAGACACGCGGAGUAG